ACGUAUCUCGUUUGAGAUUGAGUGCAGAUCCUCCUCUCAGUUGGAAAUAAUCAUUUAUUAUUUUCUUAUGUCUAUCAUAUGCUGAUAAAUGCAUAUAAGCCGGAAACAUUUUAUAUAACUAUUAAAAUUAAUUUUCUAAUUUUUAAAAUGUUCUCGAAGAGAUUCAUCCCAAGAACGUCAUCGAAUUUUGUAAGAAGUUUAAGUAAUUUUAUUAGAGUGGUAGAAGUUGGACCUCGAGAUGGAUUACAAAAUGAACCGAAACUUCUUCCAACACCCAUUAAAAUAGAACUCAUUAAUCAACUAUCCACAACUGGUUUGAAAACUAUUGAAGCUACAAGUUUCGUAUCGCCAAAGUGGAUACCUCAGAUGCAAGAUAAUACAGCAGUAUUUCAAGGCAUCAAUAAAAAUUCUGAAAUUAGUUAUCCAGUUUUAGUACCAAACUUAAAAGGCUUAGAAAGUGCUCUUACAGUUGGAGUGAAAGAGAUUGCAAUUUUUGGAGCAGCAUCUGAAUCUUUUUCUUUGAAAAAUAUAAAUUGUUCCAUCGAUGAAAGCAUGAGAAGAUUUAAAGAAGUUAUAAAAAAAGCUCGAGAAAGUAAAUUAAAAAUUAGAGGAUAUGUUUCUUGUAUUGCAGGAUGUCCUUAUGAAGGAGAUGUCAGUCCAACAUCUGUGGCUAAAAUAUCAGCUUUAAUGUUAGAAGAAGGUUGCUAUGAAAUAUCGCUUGGAGAUACAAUUGGAGUAGGUACUCCAAAAAAAAUAAACUCAGUUCUAAAGGAGAUUAAAAGUUUGUCAACAGCAGGAAAUUUACAAGAAUUUGCUAUUCAUUGCCAUGACACUUAUGGGCAAGCAAUAGCAAAUAUUUAUGCCAGUCUUGAAUAUGGAAUUAGAGUUUUUGAUUCCUCAGUAGCUGGUCUUGGAGGCUGUCCUUAUGCUGCUGGAGCUUCUGGAAAUGUUGCUACAGAAGAUCUCCUUUAUUUACUCCAUAAUGAAGGAUUCAAUACAGGUGUUGAUUUAAAUGCAGUAAUCAAAAUAGGAGAUUGGAUUAGUAAUGAAUUAGGAAGAAAAUCUCAAUCAAAAGUUGGCAUAGCUCUAUUAGCUAAAGAACGUAAAAAAUAAUGACUGAAAACAGUAAUAAAUGAUUAUAUUUAUAGCGAAAAA